UAGACUACAAACACUGAAGUGAGUGUGUUGUUGUUUGCUACAACCAAUGAAGAGGUUUGCUCGUUGUGCCCAGGCCACACCCGAGAAGACUUAUCUGGUGCACCGGGGCAAUUGGUGCUACCGGUGCACCGAUCCAGUUACACAUUUAACAUAACAUUAUCGAUGUUGGCAUAUACUUCCUCCGUUUCUAAACAUAAGACCUUUUAGAGAUUCCACUAUGGACUACAUACGAAGCAAAAUAAGUAAAUCUACACUCUUAAAUAUGUCUAUAUACAUCCAGAUGUAGUUCAUAGUGAAAUUUCUAAAAGGCCUUGUAUUUAGGAACAAAGGGAGUAUAUCACAUUGGCUGACUAUUCUUGACACGGAGAACAUUAAAUGGCGCCUGCUCCGUUCAAAGACGCACUUUCCUGGAUGAGUGCUCCCGCGCAGCCAUGCUGUGUAUAUAUAAGGCCGUCAUCCCUUCCAGGUUUUCUCAAAGCCACACCACCACUACACCAAUUACCAGACUACACAUUUUCACAUGGCGUCCCAUGAUGCUACCGACACCGCCACCACCGCCGUUCCAGAGGUGGCGCCUGUGUUUCUUCCCACGGUGUGGGGCGACUUCUUCAUCAACUACAGUCCAGAACCGUUUCAGAUGUCAGAGGAAAGGAUGACAGAGAGGUCCAAUCAACUGAAGGAGAGAAUAAUUGGGUUAUUUUCCUGCAGUACCAUAGUUGAGCAACUGAACCUUGUAGACACACUCCAACACCUGAGUGUAGAUCAUCAUUUUCAUGAACAAAUUGACUCCACAUUGAGAAGCACUCAUGCUGGUGAAUUCAAUAGCUCCAGCCUUCAUGAUGUCGCCCUUCGGUUCCGCAUACUGCGGCAGCAAGGCCUUUGGGUGUCUCCAGAUGUAUUCAGCAAGUUUAAAGACGAAGAUGGGGCCUUCCAUGUUAACAUAACUAACGACCCAAGGGGCCUGUUAAGUUUAUACAAUGCAGCAUACCUUUUUAUCCAUGGGGAGACAGAGCUUGAAGAAAGCAUCUCGUUUGCGAGGCAACACCUCGAAUCGAUGGAAGGUAAGCUUGAGUACCCAUUGGCAGAGCAAGUCAGGCGGGCCCUUCACUUACCACUGCCAAGGACCUUGAAGAGAGUCGAGGCGCUGCAUUAUAUGUCAGAGUACAAACAAGAGCCGAUGCACAACUCCUCCAUUCUGGAGUUCGCCAAACUGGACUUUAACCUUCUGCAGCGUCUCCACUUGAAGGAGCUCAAGGCUCUCUCUAGAUGGUGGAAAAAUCUGUACCAAGAAGUGGGACUAAACUACUCGCGGGAUCGCGUGGUUGAGUGCUACUUCUGGGCGUAUACGGCAUACUAUGAGAAAGAGUAUACAUGCGCAAGGAUGAUUCUCGCCAAGAUAAUCGCAAUAAUAAUAAUGACAGACGACACCUAUGAUGUCCGUGCUACUUUGGUGGAGUGUAGACAGCUCAAUGAAGCUAUACAAAGAUGGGAGGAGAGUGCUACUUCUCUUCUACCAGAGUACUUGCAGAAGUUCUACCUCAUGCUGAUGAGCACCUUCAAGGAGUUUGAGAACGAAUUGAAACCAGAUGAGAAGUGCCGGGUCUCUUUUAGCACAAAAGCGUUUCAAAUAUUAUCAAGCAACUAUCUCCAAGAAGCCGAAUGGUUUCAUCAAAAUCACAAGCCAAGAUUUAAUGAUCAAGUGAAAGUAUCAAGUGUGUGCUCAGGCGGACCAUGGGUAUGUGUUGGGUUGCUAGUUGGCAUGGGCGAUACUGCAACCAAGGAGGCACUGGAAUGGGCCCUCGGUUGCACUGAUGCUGUAAGGGCUUGUGCAGAGGUGACACGUUUCAUGAAUGAUCUUGCUUCAUUUAAGCGUGGAAAGAACAAAAAUGAUGUGGCCAGCUCUGUGGAAUGUUACAUCAGUGAGCACGGCGUGGCAAGUGAGGUUGCCAUUGCCAAGAUAGGUUCUCUGAUCGAAGAUGCAUGGAAGACUACGAACCAAGCACGCUUUGAGCUCCCUAAGCUUCUGCUUCCGGCGGUGCAGCGAGUCGCAAAUAUAACGAUCAGCAUGCCGUUCAUGUAUGAUGACAAGACAGAUGCUUUUACGUUCAGCAACCGUCUUGAGGGGACGAUUAAGCGACUGUUUGUCAAUCCUAUUGAGUUCUAGACAUGAGGAUGUGGUAUAUGAGUGUCCAUGAAAUCAUCCACCGACAGAAGCACCAGCGCCCCCGUGCUAAUGAAAGAUGUAUCAGGACACUUCCAAUCUGCUGCACCUUGGCUUGAUCAUUAUCUUUGUGAAAUUUUACUAUGAAUGCAAUAAGACUUGCAUUAUUUUGCUAGUACUUUAAAUGCAACAAAAAGUAGUUUUAGUUUUCUUAUCAGGCUUACUGUCAUUAUUUGGCGUGUAUUUGGAUUGUAAUCAUCAGUCGACUGAUUUUCAUUUCAGUCUAAGUCGAUUUUUCUGUCCAAUGAGGCGAUGACA